UGGAUUGUUUUAUUACCGAUUUUAGAAAAAGAUUGUUACGCCUGAAGAGGACCAUAAUAUUGGUCGAAACGUUGCGUUCGCGUUCAUAUUGUAUUGCCAGUGUUGGUUGAUGAAAUAAAUGGUGAUCUAUUGGGUUGUUCAAAAAGUCGUUGCGUUUAUUUCCGAUAGAUGGCUUUAGUUGUAUAUUUAAUGUAUUGAACGCAUCUAUAAAUUCAUGAGUCUAUGCGCGGUUGAUAGUUGACACUUAUAGCUUCCAUCAAGGAAAAAAGCACGCGAAUCGAUCAACAGUUAUUCUUUCUAUAACGUUUUGGAAAUGGAGAGUCAACACGAGCAUUUUCGGCAAGUUUUACUUUAUUACUUCCGAAAAGGAAAGAACGCCGUGCAGGCUUGUGAAAAUUUGCGAAAAGUUUAUGGUAAUGAAGCCCUAAAAAAUCGCCAAUGUCAAUAUUGGUUUGCUCGUUUCCGUUCUGGUGACUAUAGCGCGAAAAAUGCACCUCGCUCAGGUCGGCCAUCAGAGGUUGAUAAUGAUAAAAUAAAGGCAUUAGUUGAAGCGAAUCGACAUUCUACCAUUCGUGAGCUCGCUGAGGCACUAAAAAUAUCGAUUGGAAGCGUUCACCUUCAUUUGAAACAACUUGGUUACGUCAGUAAGCUCGAUGUUUGGGUCCCACAUGAAUUGAAAGUUCACCUCAUAAAACGCAUAGACAUCUGCGAUCAACUUCUGAAACGUGAACAAUCCGACCCAUUUCUGAAACGCAUGAUUACUGGCGACGAAAAAUGGAUUGUCUACAACAAUGUGAAGCGAAAGCGAUAGUGGAGCAAGUCCGAUGAGCCGGCCCAAAGCACAUCAAAAGCAGACAUCCA